AUAAACGCUUCGAUAGACGAGCCCACGGCCCUUACUAUGAGAACGACCGCUUCAUAUUCCCAUCCCCAAACAAAAAAAAACAACCGCCGUUUCCAGUGUCACAAGUAAUUCCCUCCAAAUCCAACGGUAAAUCGACGGUGAAGGUUCUCCGGGACCCACUUGGGCAGAGUCCACGGUGCAUGAUCGUGUCCACGUCAUCGCUCGCAGUCCAGCCUGGCGAAACGGACUGUGGAAUUACGGUGGGCCCACAGGGAAAGGCCGUGUCGGAUGCGAAGACCUACUGUUACGGAAAGACAAAGCUGUCCAAACGGCGUCGCUUUUGCUUUUCCUCUGCCUCAUCAUCUUCACACAGAGAGAGGAGAGAGAAAGAAGAGAGAGAGAGCUCAGUGUGAGUGAGAACCUGAGCGAGGGGCCAUAUAUGCUUCUUUUUUGUUCGCUUUAUCAAUUAUCGCUUCCUCUUCAUCUCUCCUGCAAGUUUUUUCUUCUGGGUUUCAGACGACCACGCCAUCCAUUGUUCUUUUUCUGGUCUUCUGCAUCGACGAAUGUGCGUCUGAGGGGUUUCUUUUGCUUUUCCGGCGAUGGGUAGUGUGUCUUCCGAUGACGGCUCCGACCAGCUGAGCGAGCGGUGCGGGAGCUACAGUUUGAGUGCGGAUGUGAGCGAGUCCGAGAGUUGCAGUAGCUUCUCCUGCCGGAGGUUUGAUGGCGAAGGGGCUUCAAGCUCAAUGGCGUCGUCUCCGCAUCCUGUUUCCGGGAAUUUCUGCUUUCCGCCGCCGGUUUCGUUGCCGGUCAUUGGAGGCAAGGAUGUUUUUGUUUGGGAUGACAAGUCUAAGAAGCGGGACGCUGAUUUAUCUGAAGUUGAGAUGAUGAAGGAGAGGUUUGCGAAGCUCCUCCUUGGGGAAGACAUGUCAGGGGGAGGGAAAGGGGUCUGUACCGCCCUUGCUAUCUCAAAUGCCAUCACCAAUCUCUCUGCUACUGUAUUUGGUGAAUUGUGGAGAUUGGAGCCACUGGCACCACAGAAAAGGGCAAUGUGGCAUAGAGAAAUGGAAUGGCUUCUAUGCGUUUGUGAUUCCAUUGUGGAAUUGGUUCCUACAGUUCAGCCUUUCCCAGGUGGAGGCACGUAUGAAGUGAUGAUGUCGAAACCGCGCUCGGACUUGUAUAUGAACCUCCCUGCCCUGAAGAAGCUUGACGCAAUGCUUCUCAGCAUGCUCGAUGGAUUUUGCCAUACGGAAUUUUGGUAUGUCGACCGGGGGAUAGUUGUGGGUGACUUGAAUGACUGUAAUGGUUUCUUGCCCGGUGGGAGGCCUUCGAUCAGGCAAGAAGAUAAGUGGUGGCUUCCAUGCCCAAAAGUUCCAGCAGAUGGUCUGUCUGAAGAUGCGAGAAAGAGGCUGCAGCAGUGCAGGGACUGUACUAAUCAAAUACUCAAAGCAGCCAUGGCAAUCAACAGCAAUGUACUUGCUGAAAUGGAAAUUCCUACUGCCUACAAGGAAACCUUGCCCAAGAGCGGAAAAGCUUGCUUGGGAGAUAUCAUUUAUCGCUACAUAACCGCUGACCACUUCUUGCCCGAAUGCCUCCUUGAUUGCUUGGACCUUUCAUCUGAGCAUCACACCGUGGAAGUAGCGAAUAGGAUCGAGGCUUCAGUUCAUAUUUGGAGGGCAAAAGACCAUAAAAGAAGUGGUCACCGCAGUAAGGGAAGACGGCCAACUUGGAGUGGCAAGGUCAAGGGAAUUGUUGCAGAUUCGGGGAAGAGUCACAACCUGGCCCGGAGAGCGGAGACGCUUCUCGAAAGUCUAAGACUAAGAUUUCCAGGAUUACCACAGACAGGAUUGGACAUGGCCAAGAUCCAAUAUAACAAAGAUGUGGGGCAGUCAAUUCUGGAGAGCUAUUCAAGGGUGAUGGAGAGUUUAGCAUUCAACAUCAUGGCACGUAUUGACGACGUUCUAUACGUAGAUGAUGCCAUAAAGCGGUGCGUUGAAGCAGAGACAAUCUCCCUUUUCAACCGAGGCUUGGGCGGUCUUCCCAUCCAGAAACGCAUGUCUCCCAGCCCCUUCUCAAUCCACCACAGCCCAUUUGCCUCCCCAUUUGCAACUCCAACAUUCUGUUCCUCGACUCCCAUCGGCGGAAGCCCAGGAAGAGCAUCCCCAACUGUAAAAAGAAGCAAUGUCAAAGAAGCAGGCCAAGCUGACAAGGAGAGGAUUUGGUCAUACGCAGGGAAUCUGAGUGGUAGAAGAAUCUCUGGGGUUACUCCAGAGCGAGACUGACUGAUUGUUCAUUAUAAAAUCUGAAGACAUCUUGCUAAUCUUAGUGUAUAUUACUUUAGCCAGUAGAAGAACAAAUGUAGAAGAGACAGUUUCAGAAAGAAGAGGGAUAAUUUUGCAUUAUAUGCUGUGUUUUGUAAGUAUAUGGUUUGUGUCCAAAAAAGCCAAUUUUGGUGGCAGCCUUAGGAGCACGAGCCGUUUGCCAGAGUAAAACUCAAUCAAGGAAUAUUUUUGGGAUCAGAAUGGGUUCUCCCACACCCAGUGGCCACUAUAAAAUAUUUGGAUCGCUGCUUUCGGAAGCAACAUAA